CCCGCCAUUUUUAUUUUUCGAAUUGUCCAAAAUUACCAAAACAGGAAGUUUAUUUUGGAAUCCCUCCAAAUCUCUAAUAUUCAAAUUAGGCACUCUAAAUUGCAGGCGCAUUAUAAUCUUGUCCCUCUGUUUCUGCAGUUUUUAUUUUCAUGGCGGACUGCGAACCUCCCUCGUUCUCUCUGGGCUUCGAUUUUGGUUUCGAAUCGGAGCCCCAAAUACCUGUUCAGGAACCCUCCAUUCCCCCUCAACAACCAGCUCCAGUUCCUCCUGUUGUCGACCCAAGCGACCUAACGCCUCUUGAUGACGACGGAGACAAAUUAGGACCUGAAGUCGCGGAUUCGGAUCUCGAUACCCGUCCAGAUCCACCUCGGAUUUUCAAACGCCUCAGGCGAGGACCGCCCAAGUUGCCCAAGAAGCCGCCGCUCAGUGGUGAUGGUGAGGAUGAUAUCGAAGAUUUCUCCUCACAAGAGGAUAUUUUACAUGCAAAAGUGUGUACAGAAGUAAAUCCAUCAGCACAACAACUUCAUGCCAUGUGUAGUAGUUCAAAGAUUCCUUUACAUGGAUGUGGAGCUAUUAGAAACUCAUCAAGCCAGUGGAAGGCAAUAAAAAACAAGCCAGUUUCAACUUCAACAGCUUCUGCAAGCGUGGAAUCAAGCCACAAUGAAAAGUUGUUUCGAAAUGUAACUGUUAGUCCUCUUCGAAAGUUCCAGUUAAUUGAUUCUGAUUCAGAUGAUACUUCCACAAGUGAAGAAGUUAUAAUCAAGGAAAAUCACAAACAAAACGCUGGCCAUCCUACCACUACUGGUGAACAAAUAAGAAAAGCUUCAGAUUUUAUGCCCCAGGGAGUGGAUUUAUGGAAAGAUUUCUGUCCAGUUAAGAGUGUUUGUACACCUGUUUUAGACGAGUUCUGUGAAGAAUACUUCCGCUCUUUGAAUGAUAUGAAAGCAUCUGAGAAAAUGGGAAAAAGAAAUGGCCAAAACAUUGAACAGUCCUUGAAUGUGGCUAAUUCACUUCUGCCUGCACAUCGUUACUUUCUCCAUCAUGAUCCUAGGGUUCGGAAGUUAGUUCACAAUCGCUUAUCCAAUUUCUUCCCGUUAGGUAUUGAUGAGAACAGUGAAAAUCAACAGUGUCGUGCAUUGUUUAUUGAUUACAUGGGACAAUUUGGUAACAGAGAAGCUCCUAAACGACAAGCAACUCAACAAGUUAUUCUCGGGAGUUCAAAGAGAGGAAGAAACAAAGCAAAUGAAGAACUCUUGCUUGGUUCUCGAGGCUCCAGUAACCUACAAAAAGGCAAAGUAACACAAAGUAGUACUGCUAAGAAAAGCUCAAAUAAGAGAAAUAGUAAGUCAGUAAAACAAAGUGCUGGGGAAGUUUUUAAUGCUUCUGAGAAGUGGGUAGAUCCAAAACAAGGGAGCACAUCAAGAAAAACUAGUGUUAAGAGAAGCUCAAAGAGAGGGUGCAGUACAGCACAAACAUCCAGCCCUGGAGAAGGCCUCCAUAGCUGGGUGGAUCCCAGAAGCAGUGCUCAAUCAAAUGGUCAAUCUGUUGGUCAUUGGUUUACAGGCUCAGAUGGACGAAAGGUUUAUGUCAAUAAAAAUGGGCAAGAGCUGACCGGUCAAAUUGCUUACAGGCAAUACAAGAAGGAUAGAGGAGCAGGCUCAAAUAAAGCCAAAAUGAAAACGAGUUCCAAAAGGAAAAAAACUUGACAGUGUAUUACAAGCCUUAUGCAUUCCUUCUUGUAGAUUUGUAAAUCUGUUGUUCAACCUCCUAUUAUCUUCAUUCUUUUUCCCCUAGUAAAAAAAAACCUGUUGGUUCCCGAAAUACAGUAUGAUGGCUUUGUCCAAAUUUAAAUACCUGAUGUCUAACA